AGCUGGAACACUCACAGCUUUCCCUAGAGGAUUGUAAGUUUUGAUAUUCAGAAGACUGAAGGAUGCCAUCUGAGAGGUGCCUGAGUGUUCAGGAAAUGCUGACAGGUCAGAGGCUUUGUCAGUCUAGCUCCCACAAUGAUGCCGUCCUGGCAGCUCUGAACCAGCAAAGAAGUGAUGGCAUUCUUUGUGAUAUUACCCUUAUUGCUGAAGAGCAGAAAUUCCAUGCACAUAAAGCAGUCCUGGCAGCCUGCAGUGACUACUUCCGAGCAAUGUUCAGUCUCUGCAUGGUUGAGAGUGAAGCUGAUGAGGUGAAUUUACAUGGUGUCACAAGCCUUGGUUUAAAACAAGCCCUGGACUUUGCAUAUACAGGACAGAUCCUCUUGGAACCAGGGGUGAUACAGGACGUCCUAGCAGCUGGGAGUCAUUUGCAGCUGCUGGAGCUUCUCAGUUUAUGUUCUCACUAUCUCAUUGAGGAAUUAAAUAGUUUUAAUUACUUGGACCUGUACAAGCUUGCAGAUCUUUUCAACCUCACUUUGUUGGAGAAUGCAGUCAUUGGCUUCUUAGUAAAACAUCUCUCUGAGCUAUUGAAGAGUCAUCCUGAAGAAGUUCUGGCACUCCCGUACUGUCUUCUUCGAGAGGUUUUUAAAAGCGAUAGACUCACUUCGCUCAGUGAAGAACAAAUCUGGCAGCUGGCUGUGAGGUGGUUGGAACACAACUGCCGCUACCAGUACCUGGAUGAACUUCUCCAGUACGUCCGCUUUGGCCUUAUGGAUGUGGAUACACUGCACACUGUGGCUCUCACUCAUCCUCUUGUCCAAGCCAGUGAAACUGCGACAGCGCUCAUUAACGAGGCCUUGGCUUACCACCAGAGCGUCUAUGCACAGCCUGUUUGGCAAACUGCAAGGACAAAGCCUCGCUUCCAGUCAGACACUCUCUAUAUUAUUGGUGGGAAAAAACGAGAAGUCUGUAAAGUGAAGGAAUUGCGGUACUUCAAUCCGGUAGACCAGGAGAACGUCCACAUCGCGGGGAUCGCCAACUGGAGCGAGCUGGCACCCAUGCCUGUGGGGAGGAGCCACCACUGCGUUGCUGUCAUGGGAGACUUCCUUUUUGUGGCUGGUGGAGAGGUGGAGCACUCCACAGGGCGCACGUGUGCCGUGAGGACUGUGUGUCGCUACGACCCCCGCACCAACUCCUGGGCGGAGAUAGCUCCGAUGAAGAACUGCCGGGAGCACUUUGUGCUGGGAGCCGUGGAUGAGUACCUCUAUGCCGUAGGGGGCAGGAACGAAUUGCGUCAAGUGCUGCCCACGGUCGAACGCUACUGCCCCAAGAAGAACAAGUGGACCUUUGUACAGUCCUUUGAUCGGUCGCUCUCAUGCCACGCGGGAUACGUGGUGGAUGGUCUUCUUUGGAUAUCAGGAGGAGUAACAAAUACUGCACAAUAUCAAAAUAGACUCAUGGUCUAUGAUCCUAAGCAGAACAAGUGGUUGAGCCGUAGCCCGAUGCUGCAGAGGAGGGUGUAUCACUCCAUGGCCGCUGUCCAGAGGAAGCUCUACGUGUUAGGCGGGAACGACCUCGACUACAACAACGAUCGCAUCCUGGUCCGUCACAUCGACUCCUACAGCAUAGACGCCGACCAGUGGACCCGCUGCAGCUUCAACAUGCUGACAGGUCAAAAUGAGUCUGGAGUUGCUGUCCACAAUGGUAGAAUAUAUUUAGUUGGUGGCUAUUCGAUUUGGACAAAUGAGCCUUUGGCAUGUAUCCAGGUGCUGGAUGUCAGCAAAGAGGGGAAGGAAGAGGUAUUCUAUGGGCCUACGCUCCCCUUUGCUUCCAAUGGAAUAGCAGCCUGCUUUCUUCCAGCUCCUUAUUUCACAUGCCCCAACCUUCAGACUCUGCAAGUGCCUCACCACAGGAUCGGCACAAUGUGACACAUUCCUUGCGCUUCAUGGAAUCGGAAGUGGAGGAGGAAAACAUCGAACCCCAGAGGGUUUGAUAGAAGGGUUUCUCUGGGUCAGUGAGAGAAUCAAUCCACUUGGGCUGCUGCUUUACCAUCACACAUUUGUCUUAAAGUCAGAUCCCAGCAGGCGGGAAGGAAGUCCCAAAGGCUGCGUGCGGUUUCUCUCCUCGGCCUCAGACGUAGCAGCAGAUGCGUGAGCGCGUUGUGCAUUUCUGCCGGUGACCACUUGCUACGUGUCUUCUUCAUUUCCUUAUGCAACUUCGUCAGGCGUUGUGGAUGCUCUCAGCUCUUCCUGGGCCGCCGCUCUUUGGAGUUUGCACAUUCAGUUGUUCACCAGUGGCGCUUUCAAAGACAAUAAAAAAGCUCUGUUUAUGUUGACAAAGAUGAUAUAAUACUGUGCUAAUUAUGCAACUUACUCAAUACCUUUGGCAAAAAGAAUAACAAAUGUGUUGACUUCCAAUUCCGAACUCCAUCGUUUACAGUUUCUCAUUUAAUAAUACUUCAUUUGAAAUUUAAAUACUUCAAAACAGAUUAAAACAAAAAUAAAAAACAAACAAGCCCUAUAGGAUAUGAGGAGCAGACAAAAAUUGUCUCAGCUGAAAGGCAAAGAAAAUGAAGCCUCACGGUUAAACUCAAGUCUCAGCUGAAUGUGUUUGUCUGAGAAUCUAAAGAUUGUUUGGGAUGUCAUUUACCAAGGUCUACUACCAAAUAAAUGUUACCUUCUGUCAUAUGA